GAAUCGCCACUCGGUCAUUGCUGGCUAACGGGAGAUCGCUGGGAUGAAGGAGAGUCGGGGACAUUCUUGUGGCUGACACAUAUCAUACGAGACGGUUUUGAAAUUGAAUUAUUAUUAUCAAAUUUGUUGCGGUAUAUCCGCAGAAACAUCACGAACGCGUUUUAAAAGACCCCAGACACCCCGCCGCCAAGAUGAUGGAAGAAAUUGACAGAUUUCAAGUACCGACCGAGGCAGAGAUGCAACCUUUUGAUCCAGCAUCAUCAACCACAUCAGAGGCAGACUCAGAUACCAGGGAAAGCGAGCCGGCCACCCUGAACUAUAAACCUUCUCCUCUCCAUAUGAAGAUAGACAAACAGAGAGAGCUUGUUAGAAAAGGAUCAUUGAAAAAUGGAAAUGUUGCAAGCCCUGUCAAUCAACAACCCAAGAAAAAUAACGUGAUGGCCAGAACAAGGCUAGUGGUUCCCAAUAAAGGCUAUUCUUCUUUAGACCAGAGUCCAGAUGAGAAACCUUUAGUUGCUCUAGACACAGACAGCGAUGACGACUUUGACAUGUCUAGAUAUUCCUCAUCCGGAUACUCAUCAGCCGAGGUGAGGUCUCUAAGGGAACAGCAGAUAAACCAGGACCUGAACAUCCAGCUUCUGAAAGACGGAUACAGGCUUGAUGAGAUCCCUGAUGAUGAAGACCUGGACCUCAUACCACCCAAAUCUGUCAACUCAACCUGCAUGUGCUGCCAAGCCACCUCCUCCACUGCAUGUCAAAUCCAGUAAUCCCCCUCACCUCCCCACCUCUCUUGCUCCUUUUUCUUCCCUCAUUAUAUUUCAAACCUCAGAUAAGACAUCUAAUCAAUUCUACAGAAGGAAAUGUACAGUAAAUGUUAUGAUUAACAAGAUGUGCAGGAAAUUCUAAACACACACAUACACAUACAAAGCACACUUCAUGUGCAAACACAAAAAUACACACAUUUACUCUUAACAUGACUUUUAUUGGUUGCUUCCUCCUAUGGCAGGAUAUGCACUGUUUUGCUAAUAAGCUGGGAGAGUCUGCUCACUUUCACCUCCUAGCCAGCAUUGUGUUAUAAUGUACGUGAACGUAGAACAAAUGAAGCAUUAAAAUGGCUUUAAUUGUGAAUUAUAAAAGACCUUGAUGUUACAGAGAGUUUAAAAUAGCAUAUCCACUGAAUUCAUGUUGCACUCAUUGCAUUAAUUGUCGUUAUGGUACAUUUUUAUUUAUAUAUGGUUCUGAUUGGAUGUUUAUUGUUAGUGGCUGCUAUUGAAGCUAUACUGGAGUUUGUUUCUGUUGAACAUUUUGCAUGUUGGUGCAUUCAUACUGCAGAGCUAAUGGCAGCCUUGUCUGAAUGUAACAUUUUCCUACAUAGCAAAGAUAAGUUAUUUUCAACAUUGAUUAAACAUCAAAUCAAUAGUUUUGUUUUAUUCCUUUUGAUUGUACACGUUUAUUUAUUGAUUUAAAUCACACUUAAAUCUGCACUGGGUUAUAUCAUAUCAUAAAAAAAGGAGCUAUUCCUACAUAGUGAUAUUUGUUUGAGAAUCUGAAUUGAUCUGUAUCCUUCACAUCUUAAGCUCCUCUUAGAGUUUUAAGUAUUUACAUAUUGCACAGUUAACACACAAACGAUAUGUUUUAUAUUGUACCUUAAAGAAUGUUUUUUGAGGGGUGAAAUCAUAACACUCUAUGUCAUUUUUUGUCAUUUCAUACUAAGAAUACCAGUUUGAAUAUACAGAAUGAUUUCUGUAGUCACUUUGAAAACUUUUUUGUACGCUGCGGGCUCUAACAUACACUUUACCAUUGGUCUUGAACUAAAGAAUGUCAAGUUUGAUAUUGAUCAACUUCCUAAAUUAAUAUUAUUUAAAAUGAUUGUUUAUGGUGGCAAUGAUAAAACCGCAUUAGGUUCAUAUAGGUGUUCAUAUUCAAUCCAUAUAAAAGUUUCCCCCUUUUAUGAGACUUUGAGUUUACAUAAGAACAUAUGAUGUGUUGUAUUUACACUUUGCUUUUUUAUGAAUCUCAAAAUUCAAAUUUUAUGAUAUGUGAAAUAGUCAUAUUUUCACAUUUUGGUCUGUUCACCUAUGAAUAAGAUUGUGUAACAACCUGAUGUAUUCAAUUCCAAGCAUACUCAAAAAUGGAAAUUUGUUGAUGGACAAAAGCUGUGUUUUUAUGUUGCAAAUUACGUGAGAAUGUCCAUUUAUGUAUUAACUAUGUUGUUAUUGGUUUCAGUGAUCAAUAAAAGCAGAACCGAAUUGCA